CAUGCCAUCAUAUCAAAUUCUGACAUUAGAUCCUAAAAAUGGCCAACUCUCUAACUACCGUGAAAGAUGAAAAGGACAUUGUACUGUUUGUUUCAAAAAUGGAUCACAUUCAACCAAGCUCAAUUAAAUUGUCCAAACCUGAAAGUCAACAGGGAUUAAUUUUAUCUGAUGGUAAUAUCAAUUGGAUGUGCCCUUGUUUGGAUGGGAUGGCCACAGGACCUUGUGGAAUAGAAUUCCGAAAUGCAUUUGCAUGUUAUCAUAACAGUAAGCAGAAUCCUCAAGGCAAGGAUUGUCUAGAUAAAUUCCGUUCUAUGCAGGAAUGCAUGGAGAGACAUCCACUGACCUACCAGAAAGAACAUCUACCUCAAGGGUCAUCCCAAUGAGAAGGAUGCUGUUUGAUGUAUUUUCCCUUGGCUGAUUUAAAUUAUCUGUAGUAGUUUUUACUCAACGCACUUCAAAAAUCUAUUUAUUUCUUAUUGCAAAGUUAAUUAUGUUGGACUGCUUUGGGUCCACAAAAUUUUGAAUAAAAUUGGUAAAGCCAAA